AUGCGGACUUCUCCUGUACUGUUCACGGCCCAGAGAGUUGACAGCAUCAUCGAUCCAGACAAGUUUCCGAGUUGGUUGCAGUUGGUGAGAGUCACAGCAUUAGUCAUACGUUUUAAAAAGAGACUGAAGCGGUGUGCUGUUAAAUCUAGGGUCGAUGAACUAAGUGAGGCUGAGCAGUACUGGAUAAAAGAGGCCCAGCAGGCGUUCACGGAGGAUCUGAGCCAUUUGAGUAAACGUGAACCAGCUCGAGGAAGACUAAAGCCAUUGGUACCCUUCCUUGAUGCCGAAGGUGUUAUGCGUGUUGGAGGUCGCCUCCAGAAGUCCAGCCUACCUUACGAGACCAAGCAUCCUGUAAUCCUGCCGAACAAGCAUCGCAUCACUCAGCUUGUUGUGGCACACUACCAUGUGCUUGGUCACCAUGUGCGAGGAGUGAAUGGAACAUUGGCUGACAUCCGUGCGAAGUACUGGAUAGUGCACGGUAGAGAAGAAGUGAAACGGUGGGAGCGAACAUGCUACACAUGUAAGCUGAUGAAAAAGGUAAAAGGACAGCAACUGAUGGCUCCUUUGCCUGAUUUCCGAGCAACAAUCCCAGUGCGAGCCUUCAGUAGAUGUGGAGUUGAUUACGCUGGUCCGUUUUUUGUGAAGAUUAGUCGAAAGACUAGUGCGAAACGCUAUAUCUGCCUGUUUACCUGCACUACUAGCAGAGCUGUGCACCUUGAAGUCGCGUAUUCGCUCGACACAUGCAGCUUCCUGAAUGCGUUUUCCCGAAUGGUCGCGAGACGCGGGAAACCGGAGUUUGUCGUCUCCGAUAAUGGAACUAAUUUUGUUGGGGCGAACCGAGAGUUGAAGGAACUUGUCCAGGCAAUGGAUCAGAGCAAGAUAGUUGAUCAAGCAGCAAACGACGGCAUCGAAUGGAAAUUCAACCCACCCACCGGAUCUCAUCAUGGGGGUCUAUUUGAAUCCAUGGUGAAACAAGCGAAGCGGGCGCUGAGUGCCAUCUUGAAGGACAAGGGCAUCACUGACGAAGAGCUUCUUACAUCUGUCGUGGAGGUCGAGGGAUUGCUUAACUCUCGACCCUUAAGCUAUUGCAGUGACAGUCCCAAUGAUCCCAACGUCUUGACGCCCAACCAUUUCAUUUACGGUCAGGCUGGGGGACAGUUGGCACCACGAGUAGUGGACAGCUUGGUCGUGAACCCACGGAAUAGAUGGCGCUAUGUCCAACAGCUCAUCUGUGACGUGUGGAAACGCUGGAUGAAGGAGAUACUCACAGACCUAAACCGAAGAGGAAAAUGGUACAGAGAACUCCAAGACGUUCAAGUCGAUGAUGUGUGUAUUCUGGUCAAUCAAACCAACCCUCGUGGAAAGUGGCCAUUGGGAGUGGUAACGGAGGUCUUUCCAGGAACCGACGGACACGUUCGUGUUGUGAAGGUCAAGAGCGGUGGCCAGGAGUAUAUCCGUCCGAUUACUAGAUUGUGCCCACUCGUGAAGAAAUAG